UAUAUAAAUUUUGAUCGAUGGCUUACAAAUCGUAAUAAAUACGAUAGGUCAAACACGAACAUUAUGUUCCAAUACCUUAAUUCAUCCUGUAGGAGAACAAUCAUAUGUUUUAAGAAAAUAAAAACCAUACCUUUUUGUAUGGACCCUUUUGUCCCCUACUUCCACAUUUACCUUUUUCAUUCCAAACCCUCAACUCAUUUAAUAAUUAAACAAUGGAACACAAAACUUACAACACAUUAAAGAAAUAGUAGUAGACAUAGUAUAGAGAUGCAAUGGUUGGUUAGCAACAAGAAGAUGGGUCCCUUUGUUUGUCUGUAUAAAUAAGUUGAGAUGAUGCCCAUCUUUAUUGCAAACCAUUCUCACUUUAUCUCCUUUAUUGAAUACCAGUCAAUAGGUUAAAUUGUCUCAUACAACAUGAAGCUUUAUCUAAUGUUUCUUGUGUUUCUUCUCUCAAUCUUGCAGAGUUAUGAUGCUGAAGGUAUAAGGAUGGGAAAGGUGCUCACUUUAUCAGCUAGUAGCAAUCAAGAUAUCCUCAAGAUUUCAUCAAUUAAAAGAAGCAACAAUGAUCAUGAAUUGAUAGCAAAAACUGAUGAAGAUAAGUCAGGAUUAAACAGAAAACUUAUGACAAAAACUGAAUCUUCGACUACCACCUAUGUAUCUAAGAACCACAAGAAUGAAGAAAACAGAAAUGACCCGAAAUUGGAGAUCAAAUCUGCUCACGGACCGAUAGCAUACAAAGAUAAUUUCAUGGUUAAUUCGUUGCCGGAAAAUUUCCAACACGAAAAGGAUGUUUCCAACGAGCCCAACCCGAGUGACAUAGACAUCGUCGAUUAUACUCCUGCCAGGAACAAGUCUCCAAUACACAACUGAGAACUAAACAUAUAUAAAGAAAAA